AUGACAGCUUCAAGAUCUGUCUCCGCUGUACUAGUAGCUCUCUGUGCCUUCCAGGACAUCAAAUUCGUGACGGGCAACGCCGCUGACUGCGACACAGAGUGUUCCACGACUUACCCUGGGUCGUAUUGUAAGUAUUGGAAGACGCCAAGCACUUGCUUCGGCUCGGAUGCAUCAUGCUUCUGCGGCACGAGUGAACCGACCGAAGCUCUCCGAGGUUCGACAUCCUCUGCUGCAGUCACGGAUGAGAUUACUGAGCCUACUACAAGCGAAGGAGGUACCACAGCUGCUCCCGAAGCAACGAGUACGACUGGUUCUGAAGCUACUGUCGAUACCACAGUAGCGGCCAGUACAGCUGCUGUGACCGAUGAGGUUGCUGUCACUACUGCAACUCCUGUCACUGGCGAAGUGACCAUCAGCACGGCAGCUGGGGAAGCUCCCGGUAGAGACAAGGAUGAUUCUGAUGCUACCACCCAGGUCACGGAGGCUGCGACUGUGACGACUAUGAUCGAUGCUUCUGUUGAGCCUACUACUGUCACGUCCCCUCUACCGGUCAGCACAGCUGCUGUGAUCGAUGAGGUUGCUGCUACUACGGCAGCUCCUGUGACUGGCGAGGCGGCCAUUACCACGGUAGCUGGGGAAGCUCCGGGCAGAGACAAGGAUGAUUCUGAGGCUACCACCCAGGUCACGGAGGCUGCGACUGUCACGACUACGAUCGAUGCUCCUGUUGAGCCUACUACUAUCACGUCCCCUCUACCGAUCAGUACGUCCGCUGUGCCCGAUGAGGUUUCUGCUACUACUGCAGCUUCUGUGACUGGCGAGGUGGCCAUUACCACGGCAGCUGGGGAAGCUCCGGGCAGAGACAAGGAUGAUUCUGAUGCUACCACCCAGGUCACGGAGGCUGCGACUGUGACGACUAUGAUCGAUGCUUCUGUUGAGCCUACUACUAUCACGUCCCCUCUACCGGUCAGCACAGCUGCUGUGAUCGAUGAGGUUGCUGCUACUACGGCAGCUCCUGUGACUGGCGAGGCGGCCAUUACCACGGUAGCUGGGGAAGCUCCGGGCAGAGACAGGGAUGAUUCUGAGGCUACCACCCAGGUCACGGAGGCUGCGACUGUCACGACUACGAUCGAUGCUCCUGUUGAGCCUACUACUAUCACGUCCCCUCUCCCUGUCAGCACAGCUUCUGUGACCGAUGAGGUUGCUGUCACCACUGCAGCUCCUGUGACUGGCGGAGUGGCCAUCAGCACGGCGGCUGGGGAAGCUCACGGUAGAGACAAGGAUGGACCUGAUGCUACCACCCAGGUCACGGAAGCUGCGACUGUCACGACUACGAUCGAUGCUCCUGUUGAGCCUACUACUAUCACGUCCCCUCUACCGAUCAGUACGUCCGCUGUGCCCGAUGAGGUUGCUGCUACUACUGCAGCUUCUGUGACUGGCGAGGUGGCCAUUACCACGGCAGCUGGGGAAGCUCCGGGCAGAGACAAGGAUGAUUCUGAUGCUACCACCCAGGUCGCUACUGAGACUGCGACUAUCACUACUACGAUCAGUGUUUCUGUUGUGCCUACUACUACUACUACUACUACUACUACUACUACUACUACUACUACUACUACUAUAACGUCCCCUCUCCCGGUCAGCACAGCUGCUGUGACCGAUGAGGUUGCUGUCACUACUGCAACUCCUGUGACUGGCGAAGUGACCAUAAGCACGGCAGCUGGGGAAGCUCCCGGUAGAGACAAGGAUGAUUCUGAUGCUACCACCCAGGUCACGAAGGCUGCGACUGUCACGACUACGAUCGAUGCUCCUGUUGAGUCUACUACUAUCACGUCCCCUCUACCGGUCAGCACAGCUGCUAUGACCGAUGAGGUUGUUGCUACUUCUGUGGAGACGACCGAUUCCGAGACUACUCUCAGCCCGAAUGUGUAG